GUUUCUUAAUAGACUUCAGUGAUGGAGACCAAGCACCUACGCAAGCUUCUCCAGCUCUACCAAGCUUGUGGUGGCGAACAAGAGCUCACAAAAACCGUCCAAAACGUCACAUCAUCACCAUUGACUCCAACGCCACCACCACAGCCACCUUCGGCAUUAGACUCCACUAUGGCUCUCACCAUCUUUAUCCUCUUGGUUGCUCUCUUCUUCAUGGGUUUCUUUUCAGUUUACUUCCGCCACUUCGCAGACAGUUCAAGUUCAACGGUUGAUAUUUCUUCCAUGCCAAGAACAAGAUCCUCUAGGAUGUCUCCACGUCGCCUUUCCACAUCCGUCGUCGUAUCACGGCCGUAUAGUUUCCGGAGGGGUCUUGAUUCUCAGGCCGUUCGAUCUCUGCCAGUGUACCGUUACACGAAAGCAGCGAAGCAGCGGAACGAAGAUUGCGUUAUCUGCUUGAGCGAUUUCGAAGAAGGUGAAACAGUUAAAGUGAUACCACAUUGUGGUCACGUGUUCCACGUAGAUUGCGUUGACACGUGGCUGAGCUCAUACGUAACAUGUCCCUUGUGCCGGAGUAACCAGCUGUUCUCGGAUAAGGACUUGGGCAUGCAAGAACCGCCUGAUCAGGACUCGGCAGAAGAACAUGACACGUGUGAUGGUGUGGACACUUGUGUAAGGAGGUGUAGUAGCUGUUCAAGUUUGGGGCAGAGGACUGGAUUGGAACGAUCGCUGAGCCUCUGACAUGUUCUUUUUUUUUUGUGUUGUUCUUAAUCUUGAUUUUGUCUUUGUAUUAUUGUUGUAAUAAGGGAAGGGUAUGAAAUAAUGACUUUGUAAAAUGAGAUUGAGUAGUAAAUUUUGUUAGUGUU